AUGAUAAAAUUCCCCAUUCUCUUGUCUUCUAUUCGUCGCUCGAUAGGAUCCUCCACCUGCUAUGGGUCCCGUUUAACUGCCAAAGCCCUCCAAAGCGCAAGCCGGUUGCUCACGACGAAGACUUCCUCGGCUGUCUCAAACUAUGCGCAUAGCUCCUCUAUCGUCACUGAAGGCGGCAUCCUAUUGAGCCCCUCGCAGGCGAAAGACCUAUUUGCCGGACGGUUCCCUACUGACUGUAACCAUGAUACCCUUGUCUUGAACCGUCUAUCGCAGCAUGAUUACAAAAAGAUUGUGCACGGUUUUGAAUGCUCCCUCAGUGGGAGCGCCUCCGUGCUCCGCGCACCACCGUCAAAUAUCCACGAUGCAUUAAUGUGGAACAUCAUCGACCCCGUGGCUAAUGCGCUUAAGCAAUCAACGCGGAACGACGAGAAGUAUUCCUUCCAAGUGAUGACGAACAUAAGCGUCGUAUCCAGGGAGAAAAACGCUGCAAUGAAAAUCCCUGACAUUAGGAUUGCGAGACGAGAGCGUGCUCCACGUCGUGGAAAGAUCCCACGGGACAAAAUAGUAUUCAUUGCAGAAAUAGGUUUCACGGAAAGCUCGUCUGAGCUUGAAAAAUGCAUUAAACAGUGGUUUAAAGCUAUGCCCGAGGUUAAAGUUGCAUUUCUUGUGAAAUUGGAUGAACGGCCACGGUUUAGUUCCAAACGUGCAUUCAUCCAUCUCCCUGAAUACGUGAUCAAAAACCCACAAGUAGACGCUAACUCCAAUACAGCAGCUUCCCUUAAUAGUGAAGGAGUUGCAGAGAUACAUGGAGUCAGCUUUGUGGGUAAUAUAUCCGCCUUUCUUGAGGUCUGGCGGAGAGGCCUUGACGGCGGUGCAGAACUGAGUGGUGAACGAAUCAAAUUUUACGAUUCGUUCCAGCUGCUUAGCCCGCCAAAAUUAGAGCUAGACACAGCUAUGUUUGACUUUUCCCUAGAUAAUCGACAGCACGAGCAGCUGGUAUUCGAUUGGGUCGGGUGGGAUGAGGCGCUUCGAGGACAGACUGGGGAAUUGGCGCGCAAGCGAUUCUUUUUUACCCUCGAUGAAUAUUGUAUAGCAGGGACAGAAGUUUCAGGGUAA